AGGACAUAUAUAUGACGAUAUAUAUAUAUGUUUGUGACGAUAUAUAUAUAUACGAUAUAUAUGAUGAGUCGGUGAAACUCCGACGAAACAGUUUGUCACAGCCCCUCGUUUGUUGUCCUCUUCUCCCUCUCUGCCUACGGUUUACCGGACAGUUCUAUUUGACGAUAUAUAUAUUCCACUGUCUGUCUAUCCGUGCUCGUCGACCGCUAUAUUAAGGAACACAUCAUGGGGAUCUCGGCCAGUCGCGGUGGAUACUUAUUGAUGGACAGCAGCCAGAAUGAUUCCACGUGGGACGGAAAAAGCGCGGAAAAGUUCGAAGGUCCUGCAGUCGGGAUCGAUCUGGGGACAACCAACAGCUGUGUCGGGGUCUGGCAUGAUGGCCAUGUGGCGAUCAUUCCGAACGAUUACGGUAAGUCGACCACUCCGUCGUGUGUGGCCUUCACGGAAGAUGGGCGCAUCCUUGUCGGGGACAGCGCCAAGGAUCAGGUGGCGGGGAAUGCUGCUAACACAUUGUUUCAGGUGAAGAGAUGGAUAGGGAGGCGGUUCGAGGAUCUGUGCAAGUACGCGGCGGCGCCGCUAUGGCCGUACAGUCUGACGAUGGCGGCAGCGGAUCCCGACGACGCCACAGGCGGCGGCGGCAGCGGAGGAGGAGAUGGAGUGGGGUGUCUGAUAGAGCUAUGGCAGCAGAACAAGAAGAAGACGUACGCGCCGGAGGAAAUUUCGGCGAUGAUUCUGUCGAAGAUGAAGGAGAUUGCUCAGGCGCACUUGAAGUGCAGCGUGUCGAGCGCGGUGGUGGCCGUUCCUGCCAAUUUCACUCAAGCUCAGAAGCUGGCGACCAAGGACUCAGCGCGCCUUGCAGGGUUCGAGUGCGUGCGCUUGAUCACGGAGCCUUCGGCGGCUGCGCUUGCUUACGCCGUGCGCACUAGCGGAUCCUCCGCCAUCGCUAGCGACUACUGUGAAGGCGGUGGCGGGCUUGUCGGCGGCUUGGUGCGAAGGAAAGGCCGCCUGCGCAUCCGUAAUCUCGAUGACAACGGCGCGCUGUCCAAAACCGUCAUGGUUGUUGAUUGGGGAGGGGGAACAUUUGACGUGUCAGUGAUGAGGAUGGGUAAUCGAGAGUUCAGAGUGAUUGCAGUCGCGGGAGACACGCAGCUGGGCGGGCAGGAUAUAGACGACUUGAUGGUGGCGCACUUCGCGGAAGAGUUCCGCCGCGUGCGCGGGUUCAGCGUGCAGGAGGACGCGGAAGCCAUGCAGAGGAUCAGGAGUCGGUGCGAGGCAAUGAAGCACACGUUGUCGGCGGCCACGUGCGCAGAUGCAAUGCUAGAAGGGCUGUGCGGAAUCGGCGGGAGUUUCGAGAUGAAGAUGACGCGCGCGGAAUUGGAAGAGAUGAGCAUGCCAGUGUUAGACAAGUGCAUGAACCUGGUCGAUAGGGCGCUAAAAGAUGCGGGAGUGAGGAAGACCGACAUCGCGAAGGUGAUUUUGGCGGGAGGCUCAAUGCGCAUGCCGAAGAUCCAAGAGCUGCUCUCCACGUUUUUCGCUCACAAGACCCUCUGUAAGGUCAUCCAUCCCGACGAGUGCGUCGCUUACGGCGCCGCCGUGCAGGCCGCACUUAUUACCGGAGAUAUCGUGAUGGAUGUCAAAGAUCUGACGCUCGUUGAGGCUGUCCCCGUGACCAUCGGAUUUGGGCAGGAGUCAGAGAAGUAUGUGAGGGUGAUCGAGAGAAACACUCCCUAUCCAACGCGCGUCGUUCGAAAAAACUGGCAAACCACCUACGAUGGCGCCAAAUCUUGUCACUUGUUCGUGUACGAGGGCGAGAGAGAGAAAGCCAACGAGAACAACCUCCUCGGCAAGCUCUUCUUGAGUGGGCUUCAGCCGGGACCACCCGGCAGCGGGCGGGAAAGAGUGGCAUUGGAGGCCAUCCUGGAGAUCGACGAUGACGGGAUCUUAACGGCUACUUUUCGAACGAGAACAAGGCGUCGAAGAAUUCAAAGUCAAAGCUCUGGCGAUGGCGGCGGUGAUGGUCAACAUAGGUCGUCGGAACGGUCAAUCACCAAAUCGUUUGGUCGAAAGUGGGGCACCUUUGGCGCGGCGGAGGCUCAGGCCGUCAUGAGAGAGGCCAUGCAGUGUGCAGAGGAUGACAGAGCGGAUGUUGCCAAAACCACGGCCAGAUGCAGAUUACUCCAAUACGUUUAUCGUACAAGAUGGCGGCUGAGUUUAAUCACGGACCCAAAGAGGAGAGACAGAUUGAGAGAGCUGCUGGAUGUGGAGGAAUCCUGGUGGGAGGUGAACAAGGAUACCCUCCUUGAGGUGGCAGAGUACAGCGAACGAAGAAAAAGACUGGAGAAAGCUUGUGGGCGAUUUUGAUCGCACGUGGCCGCCUUUCUUGUUCAGGUGCGGACGACGAUCGUCAUUCAGUUUCAGGUUGUCAGAGUAACACUGCGAUCGAAG